AAAACUGUGGAAAAAAUUGACGGACACGAUGGAGAAACGGCAGGAUGGGCUGGCUCCGUUUUCCUCUGAUGAAUGUCCAAACAGUGGCGAAGACAGUGACGAGGACGUAGUGACAGACUACCUGAACUCAGAGCACACAGACUGCAGUCAUGCAUCAGCUGUUAACGGUGAACUAGUUGGCUCGACAAUUGAUGGAACCCAUCACCAAUCAGCUGAUUAUACCAAAGAUAACAACGUCGAUAUGGCAAUGUCAGAGGGUGGUGAUGACCGACGCAACCCAUCUUCCCUUGGUAUCACCAGGAGUCAGCAGAAUCCCCUUGUUCCAACGAUCAGUGUGACCCCACACUCCCCAGGACUGGCCAAGCACUACCCAGUGCUGGAGGACAAUCUCCAGCAGUUGAACGAGAUUCACAACAGCAUCCAACGUAUGCGUGACCUGACUGUCUGCACUGUGGGCUACAGGCUGCUGUCCCAGGCGGAGAAUCUCCAGAGACUGAGUUCAUCGUGCCCAUCGCUGGGACCACUGGGGAGAGCUGCCACUGGGGACAGGGCGCCUGGCUCUGAUCCUGAUCUGGCCAAUUGCUCCACCAACAGUUCACCCACUCAUUUUCCACAAGGACAGCUGCCACCAGGCAUGCUGGGAGUCGACAGGAGGCGAAGCUGGACUGAUCUUGAGGAGAGCAGGCAGAAUCGACACAGGUGUGGAGUCCAGAAUCAUCUGCAGGCGCAGAAUAUGCGACAGCGAAGUAUCAGCCUAAGUAGCCUUGACAGUGAAAUGGACCUCGAAAUUGAUGGUAAAUCGACAUCAGCAUGUGCUAGUGUGGCAAAUCGCUCCUGUAGAUCUCAAACCAGCACUCACUCGCUCAAUGAAGCUGACUUUGUUCAGAUUGACCCACACAAAUCAGCAGUGAAACGAGUAAGCCAAAGACUAACAGAGACUGUGAACCUGUUGCCGGGAGUGACAGGAUCACGUUUACCACUCCAGAAAUCCAUCUCCACUCCAUCAAUCAUCGGUCCACCAGGGCAAGCACCUCUAGAGGGAACAAGGACAACGCCUUCUCUAGCCACCAGAAGACACGAACCAAACGAGAAAGGUAGUGGAAGUGAAACUGAGACCGAGGAUCCACCCCACAGUCAUGCAUAUCAUGGUGAUAUUAUUCGUGAGGGUUCCCUCAAUGCCCAAACUUCCCUCGACGAGCUCAUGACCGAUGGAGCGGUGUACGAUGAUCAUCACUCGGAGAAAACCCGGAGAAAGCGGGGAUCGUUGUUCUUCAGGAAGAAAAAGGAUAAGAGUGGUAAGAAGCCUAGUCAACAGACUCACCACUGGGUGGCAAUGAGUGUCCAGGGAAAUUACGUUUGUGAUUAUUGCAUGAAACAGUUUGGAAAUAAAUCAGUUCUGCACUGUGAGAUCUGUGGAGUAAUGGUUCACCAGAACCAGUCAUGCAAGGACCAGAUGCCAAGCGAUUGUGUCAAGUCGAAGAAUAACUCCCACAAGGGCUCUACAAAGUCAAUGUCAAGUGUGUCAAUAGUGACGAGCAGUGGGCACGUCAAGAGGGGCUCCACUGUCUCAUUACCCCCGUCAAGUUCAACCGGUACAAACAGCCAAUCGAUCAGCGAGGAGAAGGAUGGCGAAGGACAACGUGAUAUUGUCAGCGGCUGGGAGGAAUUUGACUUCGGUGACGACGUUCACCAACUGUCAGUCGGUGACAUCGAGGGCCUAGACCCCGAGCUCGGUCUCGGCAGUGACGAGCCCGACUCCUGGAGUGCGGCAAUCGGUCGCAGUGACGCCCUGCGCCUGGUAAACGGCAAUGACCGCGAAGUAAAACGCCAAGAGCACAUCUACGAGUUCGUCCUGACCGAGAAGCACCACUGCCUGGUGCUCCUCGCGAUGGAGCGAAUAUUCGCCGAGGGCCUCCGCCGUUACUUUCGUUUAACCCCACCCGACAUUGAGCGCAUGUUUCCGCGUCUCCGCGAUCUCAUCGACAUUCACUUGAAAUUUCUCCUCAAACUCCGCAAACGCCAGCGAGCAAAUCUCGUUGUCCCCACCAUCUCCGACAUUUUGGUCGAGCAAUUUUCUUACGAAACCGCGGCCCGCAUGAAGAGCGCGUACGGUGAAUUCUGCAGUCGUCACCGGGACGCUGUCGAUUUCUACAAAUACUACCUUCGAAACGACCCGCGCUUCUCCCGCUUCGUCCGCCAAUGCCAGACGAAUCCCCUCCUCAAAAAGAAGGGAAUCCCCGAGUGCAUUCUCUUCGUGACCCAACGCCUGACAAAGUACCCCCUCCUGGUGGAGCCACUGAUCAAAACCUCCACGACAAACGACGAGAAAGACGACCUGCGCAAGGCCCUCGGCCUCGUCAAGGAGAUCCUCGCCGACGUGGACGCCUGCGUCGCCAACAAAGAGCGCGAAGACCGAAAACUCGAGAUCUACAAUCGAAUAGACGCCAAGUCCUUCGCCACCCACCGCGGCACCAAGUUCAAAAAGUCCGAUCUAAUGGCGUCAAAUCGCGUCCUGAAGUUCGAGGGAAAUGCCUACCUGAUGCAGGGCCGCGCCAAGACAGUGCCUGUUGUCGUCGUUGUUCUGUCCGACAUUCUGUUCUUCCUCGCGGAGACGCGCGACCAGAAGUACGCGUUCUUUGUACCUGAGAAUAAAGCGGGCGUUGUGUCCCUGCAGAAGCUCUUGGUGCGUGAGAAAGCGGGUCAGGAGUCGCGUGGUAUCUACCUGAUCAGCAGCAAUCCCAAAGUCCCGGAGAUGUUUGAACUGAAGGUCCAGAAGCCGAAGGACAGGCAGAUCUGGAUCCAGUCGAUCUGGGCGGCGGUGGAGUCUUGCCCACCGGAGAACGACUGCGAGGGCGACGGCUUCGACAGGGGAAUGGGAAUAUCCAGUGAUAUAUCGCGCUCGGGGAGUUCUGCCUCGUCAAUGCUGACGGUUGACGAGCGCCAGAAAAUCGCCAAGGCCAAGGAGACCCACAUCCUGGGAAUCGUCGGUGAACUCAGGAAAAAGGACACUGAGCAGGCCCUCCUCCUCGAGGAGAAGCUGGCGCUGCAGAUGCGGCUGCUGUAUGCAGCCAGUGUCUGCAGCGAGAACGACGACAACGAGAGCCGAGGGGACAAGGUGGAGAGGAGUGAGAAGGACGUUGAUUACACGAGACUAGUGCGAAACGAGGGAACUGAUUCAGCCCAACUGUGGCAGGAGGUUGUGGUGGCUGUGCAGGAGGUGACGAGACUGGCGAGUUCACUGUCCUUCAGUGCUGGGGGUGGAUCGCUGUCCAGAAGUCUGAGUUCAGCUGGGGAGCGUCACAGCGAGGCCUACGUACCCCCGGCCCUGGCGGUUCCCAGGAGAGCGGAGACCUUCGCAGGGUUCGAUCAUAAUAAGGAGAGGUACCCCUGGAGGGACUCGGCAGCGCUGCACUCGGUGAUUCCUCCACCAAAGCCCUGCGAUCUGCUGAAAGCGAGGGACAAAGCUGAGAGAACUGACGAGGAGGGCACGGAGAUCAACAAGGAUCAACAGCUAGCGGCGAUAAGACUCUCCCAUUACGUGUACACACUUCUAUGCAUAAUAACCAAUCAGAUGACAACGAUUGACAGCCUCCAAGCGCAGUUGAACGCCUCUAAGGACUGGUCUGGCUCAUCAGGAAUGGGAAAAUCCACGAAUCAGAAGGUGAACUCCAAUCGUCAGCUGGAGGAGCUGCGCAAUCUUCAGGAUCAGUUGAGUCGGGAGAAGGCUGCGUUCAGGGCGAUGACGCAGCAGGAGAAAAUGCAGAUGCAGGAGGAGAGGAAUGAGUUGUCGAGGUUGAGGGAGCAGUUGGCGGCCGAGCAGAGGGAUGUCACUCAGCAGAGGGAUCAGUUGUACCGGAGGCUGGAGGCUUUGGAGAGACAGGGGGUCUCUCUGGUCGCUCCGUCCACCGCUAAUCCUUCAGCUGCUGGCCAUGGCCAUGGCUCGCAGGGGGGUGACACUCUCCUCCAGAGGAAGUCCUUGCCAGAUGCCAAGAGGAUACCCCUGAAUCUCAUCAGUGCUACUAAUCAGCAGAAAGCUCCAAGCAGUCUUCCUCCGGUUAAACAACAGCUUCCCCUCAAACUCGCCAGUGGUAGCAACAACAACAGCACGAGGCACAGCACAGGCACCAACAACAGCCCCGACAGGCACUCCAGGACUUCAAGCAGCCCUGCCACUGUCAAUCCCUCCACGUACUCCUCACCGGAGCUUGGGAAUCAUAAUAAUGGAAAUACUUGUCAGCUUAAUCGAUCAUUGAGAAUUAACAAGUCACCUCCUGAGUCGUUUCAUCAUCUACAUCACUCGCAAUCGCACUCCCAUCCCCAUUCUCAUCAUCAGGGACAUCAGCGGGCGGAGGUAUCAGCGCAGGCUCAACAGAGGGCCGAGCCACAACCGCCCCUCGAGGAGGAGGUCAUCUUCUUCUGACGACUCUUUCGCUUUGGCCGAAAACCCACGCGUCCACCUAGAGCUGUUGACACUCCGACGUCGUCGGGCACUCCUGUCACCACUCCAACGCCAUCCAGGAGUCAGUCGAAGGACUCGCAGAGCAGGAGUCGAGUCAAGUCGUUUUGACUUUCAGAUUAGUGAUGCUGGGGGAGGUAUUUACGAAACCGAAUUCAAUAGAGUAUUUCAAUCGAGUAUUAGGAGGCCAUUUCAACGUGGCUGGCAGUAAAUUAGUGCUCAUCUUGUUGCUUACUCCGUUAAUAUUGUUGAUGAAAAUGAUGAAAUCGACUGAAAGUUCUAUUAUAUUAACAUUUUCACGUAUCGCAUUCACGUCAAUAUCUACGUACGUAUGUGUAUUCAUUAUCGGGGAGGUUUUCUUCAGAGGGCGGUUGGGAGUCGAGAGGAAUCAGGAAUCGGUCGGAUAGAUUUUUUUUAGAGGGACAGGAUAGCCAUUCCAAUAUUUUAAAUUUCGGGGAAGUCCACGAAACCUAACCAACAUGGGGGCGCGUCCGUCUGACCAAUCGGAAUGGAGCAGAUAGAAUUGGCGGGAAAAGGUAUAUUUUCGAGAGUGACAGGACAGCCAUUUAAAUAUUUUAAAUUUCGGGGAAGUCCACGAAAUAUAACCAACUUGGGGGCGCGUCCGUCUGACCAAUCGGAAUGGAGGAGAUAGAAUUGGCGGGAAAAUCUUUCAACCGCUCUCACAAAUUUCUGUCUGGACAUUGGUGAAGUGGGAAGACAGGACAGAUCCUCAAUCUCAGAGAUUGUGAAUUUUUCGGUGGGAGCUAGAGGUUUUCUUCAGGACAGUCUUGCCAUCGCCUUUGGAUGCCAAUAAAUUUUCCUGUUCUAUCGAAUCACUACUAGAUUACACAGCUCCCGGAGCGAAGUCGACGGGAAAUUGUAUGUAUGUGCUUUUUCAUUAUUCGAGGACAUCCAGAUGUCCUCAGGGAUGAUUGUAUAACCAUUUUUGUAUAUAAUGAUGCAGUGUGCAUUAAUUUCUGGUGAUUAGGAUUUUUUUUUGGGGAAAACACGAUUUCGUAGGGAAGUUGUGAAAAGGACGAAUCAAUUCAAUUUCUUAUCACGAGAAAUUGAGAAUUGUCUCCUGUUUUGCCACUUCACUACUGAACUAUUUAAUUAUUUGAUUAAUCAAGGGUAUGAGGACGCUCAUGGGUGAUUAUUUUUCGAAAAUAAGAGACAGUAUUAAUGCAAUGCACACUGCUUAUAAUAUAAGUGAGGCACUCUUGAUUCUACGAUAAAUGCCCACCUGAGGUGACUAUUUUUUAGUUUCCUUAAUUUUAAUUAAUGAUAAAACGAUGCAUUUAAUGGAAAGACUUAAUAUUAUUGACAAUCGAAUCUAAUCCGGAAAUUAAAAGUUUUAUGAUAUCUCAAUUUUAACGAGUGUCUCACGUUUUACGUAAUCAAUCAGUAUCGACAGACUUUUCGUAAAUGAAUUCAACGCAUAUUGUAGUUGUGCGGUGAAAAAUACUAGCUGACUUUUCAUUACUGGUACUUUAAUCCAGAAAAGCAUAGGGAGAGCAUUCAUUAGAUUGAUGAGGAGUCUGAUAAUGGCAAUGAUCGUGCCUCGAAUUAUCUUUUAGUUCGUGCAUUUUUAUUGAGUUUAAGGCAAGUUUGAACAUUCCUUUUGCAUUAAUUUUCGUAUAAUUCCAACAUUUAUUUGGGAAUUCCCUGGAAAAUGAUGAAAGGCUGGAUUAUCCACUGCCAUUGUUGUUAUUUAACUUUUUUUUUUCAACUUGACACACAGAAAUUGUACGAUAAAUUUGUUGAAAUAAUUGUUUUUUUUAUAAACGAAAAUUAUGAAAUUUCUAGGGCUGAGUGGGGGGAUGAGUUCGGUGGUUGCAGAGUUGCUUGCCCUUUUCGAAGCUUUUGUUUUGAUUCAGAAAGAAGGUCCUCACAAAAAUCAAUGAUUGAACUCAUCUCUCAAUAGGGAGCUUGCAUGGAGUUCUGUUUUCCCUAAUUUCAAUAUUUACCCAUUCUACAUAAUCCGUAGAUAGCUAAACGGAAAUAAUUAUGGAGAAAUAUUGCCUAGGUAUUUUAUAAUAAUUCAGUAGCCAAGUGGUGAAAUGGCUCAAGUCAACUUUGACUAUUGGACAGUUUUCAAUGGAUAUCUUGGAAUCUGAGGGAGAUAGCAAAAUUUUUGUUAUAACCUUUUUUGUAGAGC